GUCCCCAUAUGGGGGCCCGGUGUUGGGGACGCACCAAAAGUGCUGCUGGGGCCGUGGGGGCACUCGCUGAUGAUGCCACAGCUAAAUGCUGCGGUUUGCAGCCAGCCUGUACCAACGUGCCACAGGGACCUGCUUCUUCCACCCGCCUCAUCCCCGGAGGGCCGAGCCGGCAGGCUCCAUGCUGCACCGCUGCGUGCCACGGCAAUGUGUCAGUGCACCGGGCUCAGCCUGGGGCAGCCGGCGAGGUGCUGCGGUGCUGCCGGGCUGGGGCGCAGCGGGAUGUCAGCUCAGCAUGGUCAGGCAGUGUCCCCGGCCUGCCGGGUACCCCAACACCCGUGGUAGGAGCCCACCAGCCACGGCGACCCUGGCAGGAGCCCUUUAAGUGUUGGCAAUAACCACUUCUCCCACCGCCCGCAGAUGCUUGGGCUUCUGCCAGCGAUAUCAGCCCGUCCCUCCCUCCUUCCCGCCCGCCCUCCUCCCGGGCUGGGACCAGCGGAGCCUCCGGGGCUGCCGUGGGAGCCGCGCUGGGGCUCCUGGCACCACCGCUGCCCCUUGUGCCUGGCCGGGUGGCCACCGAGCCGGGACGAUCUCCGCCUUGCCACCAGACCGGGUCAGUACGGGAGCAGUGGUGGCCAGGACAACCCCCGGGGACUCAGCGAUGGCGGGGCUGCACCACGAGAUGCGUCAGGGCCGGUGAGCGGGGCGCGCGGUGGGGGGCAGCCCCAUGGGGCUUCGUCCACCUGAGGGGCUGGGACAGCAUGGAGCCAGCCCGUGCCCUCCCCAACACCUCCGGUAAUGGCAGCGGCACCGGCAGCGCCCCGCACUCGCCCGCAGCCACCGGGCUCAUCCUGCUGGCUGCCCUGGCCGUCCUGCUGGCCACACUGGUGGGCAACGCGCUGGUGGUGGUGGCCAUCUCCACCAGCCGGGCCCUGCGGGCUCCACAGAACCUCUUCCUGGUGUCCUUGGCCUCGGCGGACAUCCUGGUGGCCAUCCUCGUCCUGCCCUUCUCGCUGGCCAACGAGGUGAUGGGCUACUGGUAUUUCGGUGGCGUGUGGUGCAGCCUGUACCUGGCGCUGGACGUGCUGCUCUGCACCGCCUCCAUCGGGCAUCUCUGCGCCAUCAGCCUCGACCGCUACUGGGCUGUCACCCGGGCAGCCCGGUUCAACCUGCGCCGCAGCCCCGGGCGGGUGAAGGGGAUGAUCGGGGCGGUCUGGGCGGGGGCGGCCCUGGUGGCACUGCCACCGCUCCUGCGGGCCCGUCCGGGCAGCCGGGAAUGCCAGCUGAGCCAGGAGACGUGGUACGUGCUGGCCUCCUGCGCCGCCUCCUUCUUCGCCCCCUGCCUCGUCAUGGUCGCCGUCUACUGCCGCAUCUACCACCUCACCGCCCGGCGGACGGCAGCCCUCCUCGCCGCCCGCGCCCCGUGCCCCGCCGGCACCGGCAAGAAGGGGCCGGAGGUCGGGAUGCCGGGCUGGCGGCGCCGGAGCCAGAACCAGAGCAUGUUGCUGUGCCGCCGGCGGCUGGUGCGGGCACGGGAGCGGCGCUUCACCGUCGUGCUGGCCGUGGUGAUGGGGGCCUUCGUGCUGUGCUGGUUCCCCUUCUUCUUCACCUACAGCCUGGGGGCUGUCUGUGGGGAGGGCUGCCGCGUCUCCAAGCCCCUCUUCAGCUUCUUCUUCUGGAUCGGCUACUGCAACAGCAGCCUCAACCCCCUCAUCUACACCCUCUUCAACCGGGACUUCCGCGCCGCCUUCCGACGGCUCCUGGCCAUCCCCUGCCAGCACCGCACAUAGGGUCCUGCUGGGACACCGGGGACGCAGCCUCCAGCCCCGCUUGCCGCUGGCAGCGCCCA